AUGGAGACAACAUCUGAAAAUAUUGAACAAGUUCACGAUCUUAUUAAUGAUGAUCCUAAUGUUAUCAUUGACGAACUCGAAGCACAAAGUGGUCUCAGGCGUGGUACUGUUCAACGAAUUAACCAACGGCCUUCUUUAUGUAUUCGAGCAAUUAAACUUCAUCAUGGUAAUGGAAAAUCACAUGUUCAUGAAAAUAUAGUCAAUUAUCUUGGAUUGGAAAGUGUAACAAUAAUGCCAUAUCCACCUAAUUCUCCAGAUGUGGCUCCAUGUGACUUUUGGUUGUUUGAUUUAAUCAAACGAAAUCUUGACGAUCAAGAUGAUUCUGAAUUGUUGUAUGAAGCUGUGAUCAAAUUCAAUAUGAAUGUAACUAUGAAAAUGACAAUAGAAAAUCCAUCUAAAUCAUCAUCAAUAAUUGUUUCUAUAUUUAUUGGUAUUUGUUUAAGUCUUAUUGCUUUAAUAACAGCUCUUGGAAAUAUAGUAGUACUUUUGGCCUUUUAUUGUGAGAAGAAAUUACGUACAAUAAAUGAUUAUUUUAUAUUAAAUAUGGCUAUUGCUGAUUUUCUUGUUGGUUUUUUCUGCAUUCCAUUUUAUAUUCCAUUUAGUAUUAAACAAUCAUGGCCAUUUGGACGUCUUUUUUGUAAAAUUUGGGUAACUAUUGAUGAUGUUGUAACGAUGGCAAGUGUUAUUAAUAUAGUAGCUAUCAGUAUUAAUCGUUAUUGGUCAAUUGCUUAUCCCAUAUCUUAUCGAAAAUAUGUACGACAAAAUCUUGUUUAUAUAGUUAUGGGUGUUGUUUGGUGUCUUUCUUUUAUAAAUUUUGCUCCUGGUAUAUGGUUAUUAUCUUUAUUUAAUAAAGAAAAAGUGGAAAAAAAUGAAACAAAUAUUGAUUGUUCAGGCGAUUAUCAUAAUUCAUUUGUUUAUAUGUUAAUAGCACAAUUUAAUUAUUUUAUUUGGCCAUUUAUAUUAUUAUGUUUACUUAAUAUGUUAAUUAUGAUAAAUAUAUGGAAACGAACUCGAAAAAUGACUCGUCUUACCAAAACUAAUCAAUCUAUUAAAUUAAAAGAAGAAUAUAUUGUUUCAUCUCCAUUAGGAACAAGUAAAGAUACAGAAGAUGAUCAAACAUUAUCAAUAUUAUCUAAACAUAAUAUUUAUCCUCGACAACCUUCAACAUCAACUAUAAUUAAACAAAAUAAUAAUAUUAUUCAAACAUUUUCUAAUAAGAAAAAUCUUCCAAUAUUAUUUAAUAAAUAUAAUAAUAAAUCAUCAAAAAAAUCUCAAUAUAAUAUAACAUAUUUAUCAUCAUUUAUUCGAAACAAAUCUUCAAAUAUAAAAAAUUCUUCAAAAAAUUCAUAUUCAAAUAAAAUAGAUUUAAAAGAAAUAAGUAGAUCAUCACCAAUACAAUAUUAUUCUAAACAAUCAGCAACUAUGAAGAAAUUCGUAUCAGGUAAUUAUUGUCAAAAUUCCAUAAAAGAAUGUCAAUUGGAAAAUGAUAUUGAAUAUGAUAAUGAAACUGAAAAUGAUCAAUCAAAAUCAAUAUCAAAUGAUAUUGUUUCAUCAAAUAUAACUAAAACAAAAUGUCAACAAUAUCGUCAAGCUCGAUCAAGAAUUAUUCGUGAUAGAAAAGCUGCACGUUCUUUAUUUAUUUUAGUUAUUGUUUUUCUUAUAUUUUUAUUUCCAUAUGUUAUUUGUGCAACAGCAUCAACAGCUGGUUUAAAUGUAUCAAAAAUAAUAUUUGAAAUAUCAUUUUGGCUUUUAUGGAUGAAUUCAGCAUGUAAUCCAUUUCUUUAUCCAUUUAUACAAAUAAAAUAUCGACGAGCUUAUAUUAAAUUAUUUCAAUCUUUUAUUAAAUAUUUAACUUUUUCUCGAUCAAAUCAUAUAUUUUAA